AAUGUUGAUCUAUCGAAAGAGUUACCAAAAAUUAAAGAUCAAAUUUACAAGGAAUGGUAAGGAGUUCAGGGAUUUGGGCUAUAGAAGCGAUUCCUUUGAUUGGACCCUUAUUGGGAGAGAAGCUUAACAAAGAAUUAGGAGCAGUCCCUAGAUGUUCAAACUGGAAAGGGCAACAACGGACAUUGUCUAGCCCUACAUUUCCAUUACUGGAAAUUUUGAUCUAUUUGAAUAUUGAGAUUGGUGUUUUGGAAGAAGAGAAGAUAGAGCAGCCAUUAGAAGAAAAUAAUUAUGUGGAAGGCCAAACUGAGACUGACGUUGAUGACAAAGAAGCGGCAGAUGUUACUGAUGGUGAUAACAUAGUGAGUGGUUUGCAGAGUCGUCAUAAAGAACAACCGACAUGUUCGAAGAAGCGAAAGAAGGAGACUGACCGUGGUGCUGAGAGUCGGAAAAUGAGACUUCUAUAUUAGAGAGCUGCAACGACGACUGGUUUUGAUGAAGGGAUGAAGUCAUUCAUCAAAGAAAUGUUUGAGACUUCUUUCAGGCAAUUUGGGCAAGAAAUAAGCAAGAGAUUG